AUGUCAAUACAACUCAGAAAUGGUCUAGCCAAUCAGACAUUGGAUCAUGUACUAGAAGAUUUAAUAGUACGAUUUUUAGUUAAUGUACCAGAAGAAGAUUUAUCAUCAAUUGAAAGAAUAUUCUUUCAAGUUGAAGAAGCUCAUUGGUUUUAUUUAGAUUUUGUACGGCAAUUAAAUCCAAAUUUACCAGCAUUAAAGAUGAAACAAUUUUCAACAAAGAUAUUGGAGAAAUGUCCACUAAUAUGGAAGUGGGGUGAUCCAUCUGAAGCAUUAUCAAGAUUUGGGAAAUAUAAAAGUACUAUUCCAGUAAGAGGAGUUGCUUUAUUUAAUAAAGAUUUAACCAAAAUAUUAUUGGUCAAAGGGACUGAAUCAAAUACUUGGUCAUUUCCAAGAGGCAAAAUUUCAAAAGAUGAAAGUGAUAUUGACUGUGCUGUAAGAGAAACUGAAGAAGAAAUUGGGUUUAAUUGUGGAGAAUUAAUUAAAGAUAAUGAUUAUGUUGAAAGAACUAUAAGGGGUAAAAAUUAUAAAAUAUUCUUAAUUAAGAAUGUAUCAGAAGAUACUGAAUUUGAACCAUUGGCAAGAUUUGAGAUAUCAGAGAUUAAAUGGUUUGACAUCAAAACAGUACAAAAGAAAAUUAAAUCAAAUCCAAAUAAUUUUUUCAUAGUUGAAACAAUUAUAAAACCUAUGUUGAAAUGGAUCAGCAAGAAUCAAGGUGUAUUAAAUGAGGAAGAAAUAAUGUUACAAGUAGAAUUAAAAUUAAAAGAUUUAAUGGGAUUAAAUAAACCAGUAGAAAAUGCAGAUGCAGGUAGAGAAUUAUUAAAUAUUUUACAAAAAGUUGCCAACAAGGAAGAAAUAAAACCUUCAUCAAUGAUAAAUGUUCCCAUUCCACAAAAUCAAAUGCCAUUUUAUCAUCAACAACAUCCAUUUUUCAAUGUGCCAUUACAACCACAUCAUCAUCAACAUCAACAAUUUUAUCAACAACCAAUUGCACCAAAUCCUGAAAAUUUAAGAAAACCUUCAACAAAUUCAAAAGAAUUAUUAUCAAUAUUAACCACUACAAAAUCAGAAAAGAAAAAAGAAGAUUCUCAUACAACUCAAAAAAAGAAAUCAAUAGAUUCAGAAAAUAUUCGAUCAAGAGCUCAACAAUUAUUGAGUGUCUUCCCAAAAAAGAAACAACAACAAAUAGAAGAAGAAGCAGUAGUGGAAUCACUGCCUGAACCAGCAUCAUUACCUAAAUUAGAAAGACCUACAACAUCGCUGCGUCAAAUUCCAUCUAACGAAAUCGAAGAAUCUAUUAGAUCAUCAUAUCAAAGACAACCAGCAGUUGGUAAGAAGAUCAAAUUACUUAAAAGGUCAGAUAACAAAAGUUCAGGAGAUUUAUUAAAUUUGUUAGGUCAAAAUAACAAUAAUAACAAUAUUGAUAAUAGUAAUGAAAACAUCGACGAAACUACUAAUAAUGUCACAAAAAUUGAGUCUAACAAAGCUCAAGAUGACUUACCACCACUGCCAAAGUCACAAUCAAUCAAGCCAUUAAAAAACGAAGCUGCAUCAGAACAAUUAAUUGGAUUCUUACGUAAAAACCACACACCACAAGAUGACCAACACAAGAACCCAAACAAUGGAUUCUUAGGAUUACUCAAGAAAGAAGAUGAUAAAUCCCAACACGCAGUAUCACCAACAAAAGACUUUUUAAGCUUAUUGAAAAAACCAACCACUACAGAAACCAAACCACUACAAUCGUCAACAUCAUCAUCGGCAAACAAAUUAUUAAAUAUGUUAACUAGAAAACCAUCAGAGACUACCAAUAAAGAAAUAUGGGGUAAAAAAGAUCCUUCCCCCAAUUUAACAACAUCACCAAACAUCUUGGCGAGUGUUGAACAAUUCAAUCAACCAAUAUCUCCAUUUCCAGACAUUUGGAGCUCACAACAACAACAACAACAACAACAACAACAACAACAACAACCACCACAAUCAAACAAUUUUCAAAAUUUUGAAAAUUUUGAAGAUUUUGAAGAUUUUGAUGAUAAUUUUGAAAAUGAUGAAUUUUUAACUAAAACUUACAAAAAUUUUGAUAUUGAGAGUGAUGAAGAAGAUGUUGAUCAUCUUGUUGAUCCAAUAAUAUUAAAACAACAACCAUUACAACAAAUACAUGAUCCAUUACCACAAUUGCAUCAACCACCCCAACAAAGUUCUAUUCAACAAGCGCAUAAUCCACUUCAGCAUGUACAACAACCAUUACAACAACCACAUCAACAAUUCAAUUUUCCACAACACACCAGUCAGCAAGAACAACAAAAACCGUUAGGGUUAUUUGCCCAAAAUAAUACACAACAAGAACAACCAAAACCAUUUGGAUUAUUUUCCCAAAGUAACGACCAGGGAAACGGGUUAUUUUCUCAGAGUAACGAUCAAGGGAAAGGAUUAUUAGCAUUAUUAAAUCGUGGGAAAUCAUGA